ACUCUAGCUGCGUGUCAAGUUGUUAUUGCUGAAUGUUCGGUAGCUCUGGUUAUAUCCGCAUACACACCAAGUCGCCUGGGGGAGGAUUGUUCACAAGAGGACUUCAGAUUUUUAUUAAAAUAUUGAUUGAGCUUGAGAAGACUUCAAGUUGGCUGUGAGAAUGAUUAAAAACAGGGCUGUCUCUCUGGGCUGCUUGUCCGGAUUUGUUAUUGUUGGGGGGAUAAUUUUUGCCGUCCUUUCGGCUUUUCCUUACGAUAGCUCUCUUAUUGAAGUCAAAAAUUCACGCGAGUGGGAUGCCUAUAAAUACGCUACAGUUUUCCCAUUUUGGAUUUUUGGCUUUGUGUUCAUAGUCCCUGGGAUUCUUGGCUGUGUCGCCGCUUUGGUCCAGAACAAAUGUAUGUAUGUGACAGCAUUGGUUUUCGGCAUCCUGGCGAUCAUUACAAUGGCUAUUAUUAUUUUCUUCCUUGGCAUUGGAAUUCAAGUCGUUGAUGCGAGCGAACCAGUUUUCCAGACCAAAUGCCGAACUAGUGGGGACAUGUGCUUCUGCAGAGGCGGCAAAACUGUUGUCACCAUUUAUAAACCCUGCGAGUUUUUCGAGCAAUAUCCCAGGAUCUACAUCGCGAUGUUCGUCAUGAACAUCGUUACCUGGAUUGCUUUAUUCGUUGAGUUCGUCUUGUGCUGUUACUACACCUGCUGUGCUAGGGACCAUUCGAUUCCCUACGUGACAAUGCAACCUGACUUUCACGGAAUUUCCGUCACUCAAUUUACCCAACAAAGUUCACAGCCCGGCGUCAGCCCCAUGUACAUGUUACCAGCGUACGGCGCCUCACAGCCAGGUCAAGCAGAGUACGGCGCUCCACAAUACUCAAAAGCCUGAGACUUGACCCCUGGUGUAAUGGGCAUCACGCUCCAUAUAGGUCGCUUCGCUUGACUGAAUUUAUACAGUGUUAUCCCUAUACAAUAUAAAAUGAAAAUAACCACCCUACCCUAUAAAGUACAACAUAACCACGAUUAUAAAGUACAGCUAUAUGUGUCAUUUAAAAGCUAAAUUCCCAUUGGGUCAUUUAAGUAGCAAGCGUAUAAAACAUAUCCGAACAUAUCUGGACAUUUUUUAACAUUUUUUAAAUUUUCAUUUUUUUUCUAAACUAUGUAUACUAAUUUUCAAAAUACUCCACUCCUGCGAAAUACAACAAUUUAAUUUAAAAAAAUAUUUAUUGCCUGCGUAUAGAAUUUCAAUGUUUCCAUUCUUUUCGAUCUGACUCAUAUUAUUUUUUUUAUCAAUAAAGACAGGGGGGGGGGGAGGUUACAAUUAUUUUAAUACAAACAAAGUUGUAAAUAUUUUGAACAGCAUAUUGUAAUUUUUAAUUGUUUGUAAUUCUGUUUAUUUAUAUCAUUUUUUAAAAGUAACAAUUUAACAAAAAAAAUAAUUUUGCUUUGGUAUUAAAACUUAUUUUCUUACAAAAAUAUAGAAUAGAUUGAAUGAUUCCUCUAAAACACACAUCUGUAUUUCUAGAAAAGUUUCACUGUUCGAUCUAUCAGUCUCUGUGCCGAGGUAAAAAUAGAAACAGAUUUCAUACUGU